CUGUCACUCGUGGUUUAUUUUCGUCAUUUCAUUUGUUAAGUGAACAUACACAUUUCAACCUUUAUUGUUCGGAGACUUACAAAAUUUUUGUAUCCUUGAAAUUAUUAUGUUCGUUUUGAUAAAGGUAAUAACAUUGUAUAAAAUUAGGGCUAAUUACCAGUUCAAAAACAAAGGAUUUGAAUUUUUUGUUUGAAAUUAAGUCGUAAUGUUUUGAAAAGUUAUACUUUACGUUUCUGAAACGUAGUAAAUAAUGUGUAGAUAGUACAUGGCCUCUUUAAAACGCAAUAAGGCGUCGUAAUCUUAGUUAGACAUAAUAAAACGUAAUUUAGCAAUGGCUUACUUCGGAAGACGCGAUGUUACGUAUAGUGCCCUGAGCAACGAAAUCACUCCACCUUUAGGUGGAUUGGCUGACAAUGUGAACAUAACGUCGCCUAAAGGCAGUGUAGAUGCUGAUCAUGAAGAUUACAGUAAGGUGAUCAUCCACGAAGUGCCAAAAACGAAAGGAGGAUGGAAUCACAUAGAUGAUUUAGAUUCAUUCUUUGUCAGAAUGUAUAGAUAUUAUGUGAGAGGAGGCUUUUAUCCAAUGAUAAUGUCAGAUUUGUUUUGUCUGCUACAAUUGAUUUUUAUCAUGUGGUUCUCAACAUUUCUCGUGCACUGUGUAAAUUAUCCCAGAUUGUUCAGGAAUGAUGAAAUCGCAAACCGAAGUGAAAAACUCAGCUUGAAUGAUGUAAUAUAUCCAACAGAUGAGUGUAUUGAGAGCAUAUCAUGGAAAUGGUGGUGUCUCAUUGUUUUAUGUUCUGUCAUAUGGAUUAUGAGAUUGUUCCUGUCGAUUUACCAAUUAUACUAUGCAUAUGAUACAAAGCUAUUUUACAACAAUGCCCUCAAAAUUAACGAGAGUGAUCUGGCCUGGGUGAACUGGUCAACAAUACAAGAUAGGGUACGUGAAGCACAACCUGAACAUCACAUGUGUGUUCACAAGCAAGAGAUAACAGAAUUAGAUAUAUACCAUAGGAUACUCAGGUUCACAAAUUACAUGGUGGCAAUGGUUAACAAGAAUUUACUGCCAUUGCAAAUACAUAUACCAUGCGUUGGUAACUUUCAUUAUCUGUCGAGAGGUUUGAAAUGGAACUUGGAGUUUCUCUUGUUUUCUAGUCCGUGGAGUCCAUGGGAGAACUGCUGGCAGCUCCGUAGAUGCUACAAGGAACAUUCAAAGAGAAUGAUUCUGGCACGACAACUCCAAAGGCAGAUUGUUGUUCUUGCAUUACUCAAUUUUCUCCUUGCACCAUUUAUUCAAGCCUGGCAAAUAUUGUAUUUCUUCUUCAACUACGCUGAGUUAAUAAAACGGUCGCCUGGAUCGUUAGGGCUUCGUACGUGGUCUUUAUACGCUCGCGUCACCCUGAGGCAUUUCAAUGAGCUCGAACACGAACUACGCGACCGACUGAACCGAGCCCACAAGCCCGCGACGAAGUACCUCGCCAGCUUCACAUCGCCCAUAACUACUGUUAUAGCCAAAAAUGUAGUGUUUCUCUCGGCCAGCGUGUUGGGUGUUUUGGUCUUCCUGUCCGUCUAUGAUGAAGACGUGCUCACUGUGGAACACGUGCUCACUAUCAUAACGGUUCUCGGGUGUGUUGUGGCCGGCGCAAGGGCUCUAAUAGGCGACGAAGAACGUCUGGGCGGUGGUUGUACGGGCCCGGCUCGCGGCGAGGAGCUGUUUGUUCAAGUACUGGGACACGUUCACUAUUUGCCAGCCGCGUGGCGCGGUAGGGCCCACACGAAGGACGUCGCAGCACAUUUUCAACAGUUGUUCCAGUUUCGGGCGGUUUACAUAAUAUUCGAGUUGUUAAGUCCUCUGCUCUGUCCUCUCGUCCUGUUGUCGCUUCGGACACGAGCACUCGACAUCGUCGAUUUCUAUAGGAACUUCACAGUCAACGUGCUGGGUAUCGGCGAUGUGUGUUCAUUUGCGCAGCUGGAUAUACGACGUCACGGUCAUCCUGAAUGGCAAACACCAGGGAAAUAUGCUGAAAAAAUGAACGGCAGUACGCAGUACGAUCAAGGUGAAGGUGGGAAGACUGAGUUGUCUCUGGUAGCGUUUUCAUGUCGGCACCCAGGCUGGCAACCCACAGAGCCAUCGCAGAGGUACUUCCUAAAAUCACUGAAGCAGAGCAUGUACCAAGCGAUUCCUUCCAACAAUCAACUCAAUAGAACCAUGCUUGGUUCAUAUAUCCAGCAGAGUCUGUUCGGUGCUGUAACUCCACUUCCAGCCGUACUCUCAUAUUAUCCGCAACAGACCAAGCAGAACUACAGGUUACCAGAAAUGGACGAGCUGAGUGAUGAAGAGGAACCGCCGAUCCCGGGGCCCGCUUCACGUUCCGCAGCUCGUUCGACGUCCUUAGGUCUCGCUGGUGUCAGUUCGGCUCUCGGAGUCAGCGCCGUGGGGCUCGCUCCCCAGCAGCAGCAGAAACCGGGCGACGACACGCACGACAUGUCCGUCAGCACGCUACAUCUAUACGACUUGCAUCUGUCGAAGGCUGGCCCAAGUGAAUCCGCGUGCUGCACUAACAACUGCAGCGGGCGACAGCGUGACGAGGGCCCUUACCACUGGGGCACCGAAGAGACGCCUCUCCUACACCGUCCCUAACAUUGGACCUUGUCCUCGCCCUGCGUCCCGAAGCAUCCAGUCUGGGUGUAGAACAUCGCAGCGCCGAGGCAAAAUCGACGACCGGUAUACUAUGUUAGUGUCUAUUUUAGAUAAACAUGAAACUGUUAUUUGCGUUCUUUAUGCCCUAACAUACGGGUCUGGACUCUAAUACUGUUUUUAUGUAAACGGUAAAGUGUGUGUUUUUGCGUUUGGAUGCGCCAUUAUUUCAUCGUUAGUCGUCUGAUGUAUGACGAUUAAUUUGGUUUAUUCGCUGUUAUGAUACGACCGUUUAGAACGUAGCUGUGGUCUCGUUUGGAUUAAAAAAGAAAAAAAUAUAUUUUUGUUUUGUUAAAUUUUCAUUUAUAUAGACCGGUGGUAGUGGUGGCUAACAAGUUGAACGGUAAACGUUAUUAAAAUUAUUAAAAACUGAUGACUCGGGGUUAACGUUCGUACAUGUGUGGGGGUAAGCAUUCGCCAGCCUUCAUUCGGGGUUCAUUAACUGAGGUUGUUGACUUGUAGGUUUUGUACGUUUUCCAAUGACGGCUCCGCAAAAUAAAAAGUAAACUACACUGAUUGAAUUAGUUGACUCCCAAGUUUUGUACGCUUUCCAAUGACGGGUUCGCGAAAUGAAAAGAGAAGUGAUAAUGAUAUCGAUUUCUGGAUUAGAAUUAGUACUUUGUUUUCUUUUUUUUGUUAAGGUACCAUAUUACUUGAGUCUUGUGUUUAGGCCCGGUUUCUUUGCAUUCUGCGUUUUAAACGUAAUACCAAUAUUUCAAAAUAAAAGUAUAACCGUACAAACAUUUAAAAUCUGUAGCAAACGUAUAAAAAAGCUAAAGCAUUUUUAUUGAAACAAAAUGAAUAAUUAACAAAUUUCUAAUUUUGUUUCUAUCAAAGUUGCCUUACUCUGACUUGUUGCUCGUCUUACCACUAUCACUAAAUAAAAACAAAAUAGAAUGGCACGUGAGCUCUUUAUGUCAGAUUCUUGUUUGUAUUGCGAAGUGACGUCACCAGUUUUGGCCAACACAUUGGUGAGCUUGGUCAAAUCACGUCACCAAUUUGAUGAGAUCGAGUAUUUUUCUAGCAUAAUGCAAACGAUACUAACAGGUCCGCAUUCUAAAGUCGUAUCGUAAAACAAUAUGUAACAUUGAUGAGGUUGGUUACAGAUUUGCGCGCCCCUACUUAGAAUGUGUUUGCGGAUAAGCAUACAAAUUUGAUCCGCUUCGAUUUGCCCAAAAGAGUAAUAUAUUUUUUGAGUCACGUUUUGAGGUGAUUUUUUACCAUAAUAGUGGUCAAAUUACGACGAAAUUUCUAUGAACCCAACCACGGAUAGUAAGGUCGAUUGUUUGUAAAGGAAUUGUUGCAUGACGUGGAUUUGACAUUUAGAUGAAUGCUUUUCAAAGCUGGUACUCAAAGCGCUUGGCUUUGUUUUUCUAAGCACGUUAUUUAUGUAUUUAUGCAAAUCUGUAACCACAGUCUGUAUUGAUAACAUUUUGAAAAAAAUGAAAAAAAUAUAUAUUUUUGUAAUUGUGUAUUUUUCGUAGGUUUUUGAUUUGAUGGAACGCAUCUGUCAUUAAAAUAGGGUUAUAACACAAUAUGACGGUUGCAAGUGAAUACUCAAUUCAAAGCCGGUUUGCAUAAUACAUUCGUGUGUGCUAGCUCUUGGAUGCUGAUCAAAUUGAUUUAUGAAACAGGAUAAAAAAUUAAAAAAAAAAACGUUCUCAUGAUUAAAAUGUGAUAGAAAAAGUGAAAAUAAAAAAAAAAGCAUCUUAAUAUAGAAUACGUAGUUGUUACAUAUUUUUCGUAUACUUCUUUUAAUAUAUAUAUACUCAUUCCCAAAGAAGCGAUGUAAUAAAAUUGAUAAAAAAUUAAUAAAAUUUAUUUCUUUACAUAUUAUGGCUUUAAAGAAACAAAAAUGGUUAUUAAAGCAAUACUAGUCUAAGUGUAGUUUUUUAUAGUAGUACACGUAUUGCAAAGCUAAACAUUGGCUCAGAUUUUUUCACAUUUCUUAUUGAAGUGCGAAUAUUAGUAGACAAUGCUACUCUUACAUUCGUUUCGAAUGAAGAUGUUUAAUUGCUUUAGUUGAAAAUCGAUGCAUAUUUUAAUAGAUAAAAGAAUUUGAUUACUGUACUUGGGAAUUUUUCAUUUCUUCGUUUUGUUUGAUUCUCUAUAAAAUGUAAACACGUCAAGAAGUGGAUUUUAGUAAUUCGUUCCUUUUUUUACCCACAAAAAUAAAGAAUUCCUAAUUUUCUAAAUCAUGAAUCAAGUUUUUUUUAGAUCAUUAUCGCAUUGUAAGCUACGUUUGCAAAACUAAAUUAUUCAUAUGUCAACCUCGUUCAGCAUCAAGUCUAAGAACUAAAUUGAUUCAGGGAUACAAUAUCCAAACAAUGGUGGCCACAAACAGUCCUACUCCAGAGUAGGUUAAUUUCUGGGUCAGCAGUUUCGCCGAAAAUUUCCUCAAAAACAUCACAUUAACCUGCUACAGCUAAUUCUUAACUAAUUUUAUUGCAUUAAUACAAAGUUUUAUUAAACGAAACUGUUUCUUCGGCAACAAUAACACUAAUCACCAAAAUAAAAAUUGCUCCUUAGAGAUAAAUCAGGAUUACUACUAACUUCCGCGAUAAAAAAAAAAAAAACGAAUGGUGAACUAUAUGUGUGAUAUUGGUAUGCACCGAAAAUUCGAGGGUUGUCGUCGCAGCCAAGUCUCUUAAAGAUUAGACACUAACGAUCUAUUUCUUCUCUAUAACACCAGACUUGACACAAUUAAGGCCAUGAAUGCCCACCUUUUGGUACUUAAAUCGUUGCUAUACCAAAAAUACGGCACAAGUCAAGUUUGCUUACUUUUCAGCAAAUAACCGGAGACACAUUUAAAGAUUUUUCAAGUUACAAGUGUUCGCUUUUCAAUAGCUAGUAAUAUCUGUUUAAGUGUUUGUUUCUACUGAAAACUAAGCAAGUAUGAGUGAUGGGUUGAUAUUGUCAAAAAUUUGCAUCACAAGAUGACGGAGUAUUCGUUUCGAUUUUGACGUUCUAAUUUUGACAGCUGUCAAUAAGUAGAGAUGUGCAAACGCAUUUCUAUAAUACUAAUAAUAUGAACUAAGAACCGAUACAAAAAUAUAUCUCCUCUGAUGUGUUUCUGCAGUAGAUAUUGAGACAAUAUUUUUCACUCAUUUCUUGCUCUGUCGGUUGGCCUUAUUUAUUCGUUGUGAUAUUUUCAGUCGAACUUGUGAUUUAAUACUUAUAUAAAUGAGUACUUAUUCUACAAAGAUCGGUUGGCAAACAAAGCGAGCGAUUUAUUUCAAAAUUUUGCAUAUUAUCGUGUUUAUGAAAAAGAUAUGAAUACUUAUUUUUGGAUACCUAUGAAUAUUUUUCAAAAUUUUUGUAAUCGUGAAAACUUUGAUAGUAGAAAAAGGUAAAAUCAUAAAGAAAAUAAUAUAAGAAGUUUUUGUGGAAUACCUUUUUAGGUCACAAAUCGUGUUCAUAGAAUCUGAAGCAAUGUUAUAUUAGGUGAGUUUAUUGAUAAUGUUAACUCUUUUUUAUUUCGACACUUGGGAAAGAAAUGAUUGUUUGAACAUCAGUAGGGAAUACGUAAGAACGUAGGGUGCGCAUAAUGCUGCUUGCUCGCUUACGCUAAAUGCUCUACUUGGAAAUAUAAAAACGAUAUCAAAAAAUUAAAAAAAGAGGUAUUUGUUCGUUUAAAUAUCUUUUUUAUAUCCAUGUAAAUUAUAGAAAUAUUUUAGCAAUUACAGAACGAAAGUUAUGUUUGAAAAUUAUUAAACAAAAACAGUGAUUACGGGAACAUUGUCAAUUUCGAUUUGCUAAGAUGUUAUAAAAAAAAUAAACUUUAAAGCUACGUAGUACGAAUAUGCUUAGUUUACUUUUAAAAUUUAUAAUGUAAGGUUGUGCUUAACAAUAUUUCAGUACAGCGAAUAUGUAAUUGUAGAGAACACGAAACCAAAUCCUAUAAGAUAAACAUUUACGAAUAAAGACAAGGAAGGGCUUUGAAGUAUGUUCUUGAUUCAAAUUUAGUAUUUGUGUAAAUAUAGUAAUAAAAAAAAAUUUGAUCGGGCAUUAUUUUAAUUGGGCUGUGAAUUAUUUGAUAUCGAAGUUGAAAUUUUACGUACAAAAUAGCUUUAUCUGGUAUUUUAUGAGACUUUUUAUAUAUUGGAAGAAUAAUGAAAUGAUAGAAAUCAAGCUAGGGCAAUCAAUAUAGGUGUUUCAGUGGUAAAUUAAAUGAGAGUAUUACAGCUUCUGUGCUGAUUAAAAAUUAAAGAUCUCUUUUUGUUAUUGGAACCCAUGUUUGACGAAAAUAAGUGCAUUACUCUUUGAAUAAUAACUCUAUAAUUAUUUAUUUCCUUGCACUUAUACCUUAUUGUUGUGCUGUUGCCAGUUCUCUCUAGAAAUAUUUCUCUUUAAUAUAGUAGUCUGUGGUUUAUUAACCUUAAAAGAACGAUACUACAUGAUGUAUUAUAAAAAAAAAUCUGUUUAAUUUUGAUUUUGUUGAUUUCGCAGUCUAUCCUUUUCUAGUAAUGCACAAACGUGUUUACUCGUAUAUUUAGUUAGACAUUUGGCGUGGAAGAUUUGUAGUCGUAGUUUUAUUAUUAAAAAAAUAUGUACAUUUUUAUGUACUUAGUUGAUUUUAUUUUUAUAUUUUUUAACAAUGUCAUGUAAUGGAAUGGAAAGGAAUGUUGUUUGUGAUGUUUUAUUUUUAUUUUGUUGAAUCCAUGAUGAUGAAGUCCAUCAUUUAACUAUGACGGGUAAUUUACUAACAGUGUCUAAUAUUAAGUAAUUAAAAAGUUAGUAAUAUCUCGGUAAUGACAAAUUAUAAUAAUACGAAUAUGUUGACCGUUACAGUUAAAUUUUGAAUCUCAUCCUUUAGUUUUAAUGUUGAGUGUCCAUUUUAAUUAAAUAUCUAAAUAUACAUGCGCCUUUUAUAUCGAAUUCUCCCUUUAACUAACGUAAUGUAUAAUUAUAUUUUCAAUCUUAAUUGUAUAUUUAUAAUGUUCUAUGAGAUUUAUUGUAAAAACAAUGUUCGAAAAUUCCCUUAACUGAAUUUUUAUAGUUACGGCAUUGAGUCUUCUUGGUUUAAAUCGGUUUAUUAAUUCAGGAAUAGUAAAACAUUUGUCAAAUAAAUUAAAUUCGAUGUUUAUUGGCUAAAAGCUGAGCCGAGUAGGCAUUACUCAAUUACGUAAUAUUAUGUUAUUAAUGAAAAUGAAAAAUAACCUAUCAUAUUAAAUUAUGUACUUGCACGAAUAAUCAACUACAUGAGCAAUACGUAUGCGCAGGCAUUUGACAGUAUUGCCAUAUUCGUCGUUUGGAAAUGUUUGUUGCUACAAGACAAAAAGACAAAAGUUGCGCCAUGUUGUCUAAUGUCAAAAUUUGAAAUGUUUAGCCAAGUUAGUGUAUAUUGGCGAUUGGUAUAUUAUCAAAUUAAAUUAUCUAAAUUAAGUUUCGGUGAUCAGUGAAAAAAAACAACUGAACAAUUUUGUUAACAAAAUAACAAAAUCUUUAAUAAUGUUGUUGUGUGCAGCGGCCGAUCAUCGCGAACUAUGAUAAUUUAGAUUGGGAUUUAAGAACUUGAACGACCAUACCGUUUAUAGAUUGCGUUUUAUUCGUUGAAUAGCUUUCAUCACAUGUUUUCGAACAGUUAUUCUUUGAAAGGCUACAAAUUGAAACAAUUUAGAGCUCUUUUAAAAAAAUAAUUUGAAAAAGCUUUCAGUGUUGGUUACACGCGUUGCGUUUUUAACUUGCUUGGAUUUGUCGAAUCGCGGGCGUUAUCACGAGACGUCAAACUUUUGAAAUGUGACGUAAGAGUGGUGACGUAAGAAACGCUGGUACGGUGUGAGUAGCGAUCAGGAUAGUGGCUGACAGCAUCAAACUUAAAGUUAUCCGUGUGUGUUCAUGUGGAAUUAGCGGCGGACCGCGCGUCGUGACUACGGUGCUUUGUCAUUUCAACCGGUUUGUUCUUGUUGCCUAACGCCUCGCCAAGAGCACAGCGCUCGCGAUCUAUAUGCUACCAAGCACUUAGACGUAAACAAAAAAAGUAUUAAAUUAUUUUUAUGAAAAAAACAAAAAAAACGACCAAUUUCGAAAUACAUUUGCAAUAUUUAAUCUACCUCUUUAACUGUACUAGAUAGAACUAUAUUAUAUUUAUAUAAUGACGUUUAUGUAUAUUUUUUUAAAUGCGUAUGAGCGAAGCCCUAUCCGAUGUAGGUCGAGUCAGAGUACAAUUAAAACGUCAUAGAAACAUAUAAAUACAGAUAUCGAUAAAAACGGUUGUUGUGAACGUUUCAUACACUUUUGGUCAAAAAUUAUGUGUAAUAUAUUCCGACAUUUCAAUUUAGAACAUUAUUUAUAUAGGAAUUAUUAAAUUAUAGAAUUCACGAAGUCACAUGCAUGUGAAAUGUUGAAUGCAUGUUGAAAUAUAAUGUUAAAAACUUAACAUUUAAUUAUUUGAGGUUAUUUUUAGUGGUGAUUUUAUAAGCAAUAUUAGUUGGCACUGUUUAUAAUCGUAAUGUUAUGCGUAGCUUAUAUUGACGUGGAGAAAAAAGAGGAUUGUGGAUUUAAUAAUAAAAUGUAUUUUCAUUGCACCCGAAUGCAGGAAAAUUCAUGAGAUUGUUGUCUUUAAGCACUAAAAUCCGAUAUAAAAUUUUCGAGGGUAGUUGUCAUUUCACAACAGUAUUUAUUUUAAUAUAAACGAUUGACUAAUACCAUUUGGGCUGUAUCAGCGAUAAUCUCUAGACGGCUGUCACAGUUUAAUCGUAUUUUGUAUUAUUUGUCGACGAUAUAUUUAAAAAUUUCAUAAUAUUUUUCUAUUUCUUCACUAUAAACUUUGCGCUGUACGUACUCUCAAUUUUAAUAAUUACAAUUACAUUUUUGUAGAGUACUAGCAAAAUGUUAUACUCAAUAAAGCCAUUUAUCAAGCGUAUUAGGUAUUAAUAAGAAAAAAAAAAUUAGCGAAAAGCUAUAAAUAAAUACAAAAAAAAAGAUAUGUACGAAUAGCUAUUACGGUUUGAAUAUUAUAUUAUAUUUAUAGAUUAGUCUUGUGAUGUGUUCAUUUUUAAUAUUUUAGUGCCAUUUUACAUUGGCACGUUUCUUAUAAUAUGUGUGUAAUUAUUUAGUAAUUUUCGUCGGUUAAACUGUCAUGUAUGUACGAUUUGUAAAGUUUAUUUGUAAUCAAACAAUAUUUGUGAUUGAGGAGCAUCUAAACAAAAAUAAAGACAUCAAAUAUCGCAUUAUUUUUGGUAAUUAUAAUAUAAAAUAAUCUUCAUAUAUCUUAAGAAUUUUUGAUUUUAAUAUGAAACGAAAUCUCCCCGUUGUUGAUAACACAGUUACAGAUUCUUGUUUCCGGAAAAUUUGGUUAUUUAUGUUCAGAUCAGUGUAAUGAGAAACGUAAAUACGGUAUAUUUAAAUUGCCACAGUUAAAAUUAAAUGUCAAAAUAUAAUUUGUCAGUUUUUGUUCCGACUCUCGUCAAUAUUACUACGUACAAGGCGUAUUGGGAAGUGUUCUUGAAUUCCUAACUGAAAAUAAAUUGGAAGUAUCAUUAAUGUAUUAGAAUAGGGAUAAUUCGUUUUAGUAAGAUCCGGUGAGUUCGUGUAUCGUAGUCACUCCAACCUAGGCGUAUUCCGCCUUACUACGAUCAGUUAGAUGACAGUUGAAAAUAAUAAAAAUAGCAUCAAAAUAAUAAAAUUUACGAAUAUGCUUUUUGCAAUCAACACCACUGUCUUUAUUUUUUUAUAAGAACCCACACCUUUCAAUACACCCUGUAUUAUAUGCACACCUAUGUAUUUAGUAUUAAUGUCUUAUAAUAACCAGAUAGGUAAUUUCAGUCAAUCUAAUUUUAUGAAACUCGAAGGUGAAAAAAAGCAAAUGUUUUGGUACCUUUGCGACGUUUUCUUUAUUUUAUGGAAUGAUUUUGAAAUUGACCCUUUUUUUUUAAAAUCCCCUUAAAAUAAGGAAAAUAUGUAUUAUUGCACUUUAACGUAGAUAAUUCAAAUAAUAUACAUAAAAUUAGUAAUAAUCAUUCUCUUUAUUGUCUCUGGUAUUGCGUCAUAAGGCUAUGCAAAACUAAAUGCUUUGUUUUACUCCGACGAAAUGAAGGCGGUUAUUUAAUUUUUGAAUGAAAAAAAAGAAAUGACUGAACAACUUGAGAUCAAACUUUACAAAAAAUAUUAAAAUGAAAACGUUCAAGAACAAGAUAGUAAGUAAUGUGUGAAUGGAAAGGAAUUCUAGAAAUGAAUAUUAACGAAAGAAAGAUAAAUAAAUGAAAAGCCACAAUUAUGGUAUUGUCCUUUUUACAGCGAUAUAUUUACAUAAAAAUUCAGUUUCAGUAAUUUUAUUGUCUAUUUGUUUUAUUUUAAUGUCAAUUUUAUUGACCGACUCAACGAUUGAUCCAAAAUUGGUUUUGUAUCAUCUUUGAUUGGAAUCAUUGAUGGAUGCGCAUGAGCAAUUAUUACAAGUACAAAACUAAAAUUGAGGUUUUUCUUUGUUUUUGUUUUAACGUUAAUGCAAAUUGAAAUCGUUAAACAUUGCUCUCAAUUAAAAAAUAUUAACAGUUUUUCGUUGAUCACGUAGUGUAGUUUGUAUCGUUUGAUUUCAAAUUGUCGUUAAACUUUUUCAUCCGAUACCUGUAAAUAUUUAGCGCAAUUUAUUUAAUUAUAGAAAAUUUGAUAAGUUUAUUGUGAUAAAGAUUUUUAUUUCCGUGUGAGUUCGCCUUGUUUAUAAUAUAAAAAAAAAAAGUAGAAUUGUAUUAAGAAACAUGAAUUAUUUUGGUAACAAUAAUACAAUAGCAUUGUCGCUAUGUAUCACGACGUUUAAUAAACAUAAAUUAUAGUAA